AUGGACAAUUUGUUUAUUUUUUUGGGUGUAAAUAAACAUACGAUAGGGGCCUCACCAUUUGAAAAUCCACCUCGUGCUACACAAUAUGAAGCACCAAGACAAUUAAAUUCUCUUCAAAAUGAUGUUAAUCAAGUGGUGACUAUUAUGAAAGAUAAUCUUGAUAAAGUACUUGAACGUGAUGCAAAUUUAGCUGCGGUUGAAAAUCGUGCUAAUGCUUUAGAAAGCGGUGCGUCACAAUUUUCGAUUAAUGCACAAAAAUUAAAAAGUAAAUAUUGGUGGAAAAAUGUUAAAAUGUGGAUUAUUAUAAUCAUUAUUAUUAUCGUUUUGAUCAUCGUCAUUGUUGUUGCUGCCACACAAUCAUCAAAAGAGAAUGAAUGCUCUCAAUCAAUGAUCUAUUUUUUUUCUUCAUAUGCCAAGUCAAAUAAUGGCGGUGGUGCAUCACCAGCUGCUCCUGGUGGUUCUAAACGUAUGGCUCAACAACUGGCACAAGUCGAUGAAGUUGUGGAUAUAAUGCGACAAAAUGUUGAUAAGGUUUUAGAACGUGAUAAAAAUUUGUCACUUCUUGACGAUCGAGCUGAUAAACUACAACAUAAUGCAGCUCAAUUUGAACAACAAGCAGGCAAAUUGAAACGAAAAUUUUGGUUACAAAAUAUGAAGAUGAUGAUUAUUAUGGGAGUAGUAGGCACUAUUUUAACUAUAGUGAUCAUAGGAUGGAUCUAUUCAAAAGCUAAAGGAGCUGCACCAGCUCUCCCCGCUAAUCCUGCCGAAGGUGAUGCUGAUACAACAACGCCUAUUUCAUCAGCCAAUGAUGAAUUGCCUAAAGUAGCCGGUGAUUCUAUGGCUGUACCAGCUGAAGAGAACGCAACAGGAAAACCUCGUAAAAAUAAACGAAAGAAAACAACAAGUGGAGGCAGCUCAGCUAGUUCUUCAGCAGCGCCAACAAAUAAAAAUGAUGGCUCUGCAAGUGGGGCGGAUACUUUGAAGUCUGUUAAAAAACGGCUGAUUCGUACACUUCUACAAUAG